AAUGCAUAUUACCUGCAGGGUCCACUGGCAAUAUGAACCUUAAAAUCAAUAAAUAAACCGAUCCAACUGAAUACUCAAUGUUUUGAUAGGCUGUAUCGCUAUUGUUGCUAUAACAACAGCUGCCGUAUAGGCCUACAUGUGAAGUGUGUGGAAUGUAAGUUAUAAGGGAGGCCGGGGCUAGUUGUCACACUUUUUAGUGAAAAUAUUUCUCAGUGUAGGCAUAUAUUUGAAAUUCUAUUUGUGUAUACACAUACAAACCUUAACGUCUUGACUACAUUUCCAUCAUUAUUACCCAGAAAAAGAAGAAGAAGAAAAAAAAAACAGUUAAACGCAUAUUUUUGCUGGCCAUGUUAUCACAUUAAAAUAUGAUGACGAUGGAAUUGAUCUGUUUUGUCUGGUUGUAUAUGUGACCAUGCGCAGCUGCUCGGUGAAUUAACUGGAUUAACCGGGCAAGUCAUGCGCCCGCGGUCUCGACAGCGCUCCUGUCCUGAGUGCGCACACGAGAGCGCAGAGCCACAGCACACCGGCGUUUCCAGUAGCGUGGGGUUUCCAGCACAUUUCCAACUUUACGGAGGUUUUGAGGGUGUUUUUGGACACCUGCACGAGCACAAACGAAUGAUACGUGUGAUCGGUCCUUAUGGGAGUGAGUUUGUGAACUUCUUAUAAUAAUGACAUGCGUGCAGCUGCUCAUUAUGGCUGGAAACAGCGAGAUCUCAGAAGGAGAACUCAAGAGAGAGGAGGAAUCUGAUCUGUUUGAGUUUGGAGAUGAUCUGGAGCUCAAUCAGUUUGAUGGACUGCCAUAUUCCUCCAGAUACUACAGACUCCUGCAGGAGAGGAAAACUCUGCCUGUUUGGAAAUACAGACAUGAAUUCAUGACUUUGCUGGAAAAUAAUCAGAUUCUUUUAGUCUCAGGCACAACAAAGACUGGCAAAAGCACACAGAUCCCUCAAUGGUGUGCAGAGUUCUGUCUGUCUGCGCAGUACCAGCACGGUGCGGUGGUGUGCAGUCAGAUCCAGAGGCGGCAGGCUGUUGAUUUGGCCCUCCGUGUUGCAGACGAGAUGGACGUAAACAUCGGCCACGAGAUUGGAUACAGCAUCCCGCUGGAGACGUGCUGCUCCAACGAUACUAUUCUCAGGUUCUGCACUGAUGACGUCCUGCUGCGGGAGAUGAUGUCAGACCCCAUGCUGGAGCAUUAUGGGGUGGUGGUGAUAGACCAGGCCCACGAGAGGACCGUGAGCACAGAUGUUCUCCUGGGUCUGCUGAGAGAGGUGCUUCUCCAGCGGCCCAAGCUCAGGGUGGCGGUCCUGUCCGCUCCGCCUGCUUCAGACACGCUUCUCGCACACUACGGGAACGUCCCAUGCCUGCACCUGGACGCCCCGUGCGCCGGGGAAGUGAUCCACAGCAACAGCAGCAGCGCUGAAAGCUUCUAUUCGGCACUGAGACUCGCGCUGGAGGUCCAUCGGUCCAGAGAGCCUGGAGACGUAGCUGUGUUUUUAGCAUCUGAGCAGGUGAGAUCAGAUCUUCCUCUGGAUCCGCAGAUGGCGAAGGCUCUGUUAGCGUCCUGCGAGUUCGACUGCGCUAGCGAGAUGCUAACCAUCGCUGCAAUGCUCACAGCACCAAGCUGCUUCAUCGAGCCUCCCGUUGGCAUGGUAACAGAAGUCAUGCGCUGUCAUGUGAAGUUCCAGCAUCCUGAGGGCGACCACUUCACCCUCAUCAACAUUUACAACACCUUCAAACGCAGCCAGAAGGAACCAUAUUUCAGUCAGGAGCAGUGGUGUGAGGAGUACUUCCUGUGCUGCGACGCCCUGCAGACAUCAGACGCCAUCAGAGCCCAACUCACAGACAUCCUCAAACGCAUUGAGCUUCCUAUUUCAGAACCAGCCUUUGGCACCAAAACCAACGCACUCAAUAUCAAGAGAGCACUGCUCGCUGGCUACUUCAUGCAGAUUGCCAGAGAUGUGGACGGUUCGGGGAAUUACUUCAUGCUGCUGAACAAACACGUGGCUCAGGUUCACCGUCUGUCGGGUUACGGAGCAAAAGCUCAUAAACUGGGUCUGCCGGAGUGGGUUCUGUUCCACGAGUACAACCUCUCCGACAACAACUGCAUCCGCACCGUCACACAGAUCUCACCGCAGGCGUUCCUUCAAAUGGUGCCGCAGUAUUUUUUCUGUAAUCUGCCACCUAGUGAGAGUACAGAGAUCCUGCAGCACAUUCUGGACAGAGACAGGACGGGGAAUGCAAGAACAAAACCUCAACCAGCCGCGAUAGAAACAAAGACAGAAGAGGCCGAAUCACAUGACCGAUGUGUCGUACAGUGAACCUCAUGAAAUCAUUGUGUAAAUAGUGUUCAAAUGUUUUGUAUUGUUAACGCUUGAAAAGAUACUCAAAGAAUCCUGUUUGGGUCGUUUAUUUUGUGGGUAAUUUCAUCUGAUUAUGUACAGAAAUAAAUUAUUUCACUGGUUUUGAGUGAUUUGGUGUUUUUGGAACUGUUUUGUGGCCAGUUUAUACAUUAUGCCUUAAACUCAAGGCCUGGGGCAUUAAACAUUUUUUUUUUCUUGAA